AUGUUGAGACAUAAAUAUAAGGCUUAGCAUAUCUGUGUCAAUUCAAUAAUAAUUUCUGUUGCCUCAAGAUAUUCCAAAGAUUAAUACAUUGCAGUUGCCAACAAACUUUUUAGGAAUAAGGGAUACUCUGUAUCUAAUGAUGUAUCGAUUAUAACUAUGUAUAUUAUCAGUUCAGCGAGCUCAACUAUGAUAAUGUCAUUGAGAAAGUACAAGAGCGAAGCAACCAAUUAAGUAUUGAUUUUGUUGUUAAUAGUAGAUAUUUUGUCUGCUUUAGAAAUAAAAAGUUUGUGGAUAUUCAUAAUUAAUGUAUCAAAAGAAUACAGGAAAGGACUAGAAAGCAAUUUAGGAAGACAGAAGGCUAAUUAUAAUAGCCACGAUGAGCACAUCGCUUACACAGGUUGA